AUGUCGGGUCGCAAGAUUUUUGGGACAAACUCCGUCUCUGCUCAUGUUUCAUCAGACGGCGAAGAUAUUCUUUGGUUCAAAUUGAUCUUCCUUUCCGACUUGAAGAGCUAUGGCAUUAGUAGAAUGACGCUGGAUUGGAACAAAACCGACAAGGAUAUUUGGAAUCGCACCUUAGCAGUUUUGAUUGUGAAACAUUGGCAAUAUGCCAAGUCGCAAGGUGCGUUCAGCGAGGAGUCUGUAACUCCAUCUCACAACACAGAAAAGAUAUGUAUGGGUGUAGUUCUUCGAUGGAUUCGUGGCCGCGCAAACGAUGUUCGCCAAAAUCGAGGAUCUCGCGAAAAGGUUCUCCGGAAAGAAACACUUCGUAAGAAACAGGUGGUGGGUCAAAGACGUCUCUCACUAUCUUGUCUUUUUAACUACCGCUUUGAUUCCCUCACUCGUCUUAUGAAAGCCAGGAAACUUGAGCAGAAAGCAUCCGAAAUUAUGCCUCAUCACGACUGUUGCUCUGACACGGAGUGGGAGCCAGAAGACACCCAAUAUCCCUCAGUUGGACUUAUCUGGCGCAGUCGUCAAUAUGCGUCAAUACUACAACAGAUUGACGGUCUUUCCUACAAGUACUGUGCCUCUAGCCGCGGGGAAGUCAACGCUCACAAAAGAUUUGAUCAAUGUCGAACCAAAGCCACCCAUACUAAUCCACAUGCUGCUGUAUGCAUAGGCCUCCCCGAAAACUGUUAUGACCCAGUUUUUCUGUCUAACUUGAUGCCUGAAGAAAAGGCUGCUCUUCAUAUGAAACCUGUUACAAGUCUCUUAAAUAUACUACCUCCUCACAUUAAAGAUUCUGUUGUUUAG